ACUCUUUCUUCCAUCUCCAGUUCACGCAUCGAACAUAUCUUCUGAGUCUAAAAUAUUUUCUCUACCCAUUUGGCCCCUAAAAUCCUCUUUCAAUGUUCGCCACCACUUACACAUUAACCCUAAAUCCUCCUUUCCCCGCCGCUGGUAAGCCACUCGUUGCAUCGCCGACCGCUCUUCCUUAUACUCCAUCAGCCGUUGGAUCUCACCGGAGAAUGAAUAUGAAGGCCUCUGUUUCAACAUUUGUCGAGUCGAUUCCGGUGGAGUCCGGUAAGACGCUGAGUCUAUACGAUAUUCUCCGAGUGAAGCAGACGGCGUCGCAAAUGGAGAUCAAGACAGCGUACAGGAGUCUUGCGAAACUCUACCAUCCGGACGCGAUCCAUGAAGAGGCACAAUCGGACGGCCGGGAUUUCAUAGACAUCCAUAACGCUUACGAGACGCUGUCGGAUCCGGCGGCAAGAGCGAUCUAUGAUUUGUCGCUUGAAUCGGCUAGUAAUUACUAUGGGAGAAGAAGAGGGUUUGGGUUUUCUGACGGAUAUUGCCCGACCCGGAGAUGGGAGACGGAUCAGUGCUGGUAGAAAGCAGUUGACCUGAUGUUAUGAGCAUGGAAGGUUCAAUGUAUCUAAUGAGAUUUUUUUUUUCAGGAUCUUAGUUUGAGAUGUAGAAAAAGUUUUAAUGUAAAUUUUACGCUCAUUUCCACUCUCUAUUUGGGAGAAGGAGAAAAAAAAAAGUAAAUAUUUCUUAAUUUUGAUA